AUGGCGGAAGGAAGGGAAGGUGAUUGGGAAUGCAGUGGAUGCAGGAACAGAAACUACGCCUUCAGAUCCUUCUGCAAUCGCUGCAAGCAGCCUCGCCUUCUCGUCGACACCAAAACCCCCGCCGACUCCAAAUGGCUCCCUCGUAUUGGCGAUUGGAUCUGUACCGGUUGCACUAACAACAAUUAUGCAUCAAGAGAGAAGUGCAAGAAGUGUGGGCAACCAAAGGAGGUGGCGGCAAUGCCAGCGAUUGCAAUGCCUGGAGCUUCUCUCCCAACUUAUUCACAUUAUUUUGCCAGGGCCCAAGGAGGACUGGACCAAAAGAUGAAUAUCGGAAUAAUGGGCAAUGGUGCUCCCCAACAAUCGCUUCCUCUGAACUGGUCUAUGGCAGGGGCUGAUAAAUACGGAGUUCAGCCACCUUCUUCUUGGUCUGUAGGUGGGAACCAUAAUGCUGGACUUCUAUAUUCAAACCCUACUAAUCAGCUUCUUUCAGUUCCAAAAGGAUGGCGCAGCGGUGACUGGUUAUGCAAUUGCGGUUUCCACAAUUAUUCGUCUCGAACACAGUGCAAAAAAUGCAAUGCUUUUCCACCAGCUCUUGGAACGAAGCGAUUAGCAUCGGAAGAGCUUGUUCAUGACUGGGAUAACAAGAGAUUGAACGUAGGAAGUACAGUUGGGCAUCAGCAAUCCAAUCCUGGGUUUGAGCAAGUGGUAGGCACCAGUGCUAACCCUGUAACUGGACCUUAUGCUUCAUAUCCUCCCAGUGUAAGCUCAGGCAUGGCUCCGAAUUUGCAAGUCCUCAUGCCAUUGACACAGCAAACAACGACACCUACACUCCUUGGCAAAGGAGCAAAGCAAUGGCGUAAUGGGGAUUGGAUGUGCACAAAUUGCAACAAUCAUAAUUAUGCGUCUCGGUUAAAUUGCAAUAGGUGCAAGACUCAAAGAGAUGCAACCGCUCAGCCGGUCAAUGUCAUGUAG